CCCCAACAAGCUAGCCGGGCCACCACCCCGAUAACCAACAACGCUGACUAACCACUCCAGAUCCUUCUAUCCUUUCCGCGCCGCAAAAAAGCUCCCGCGAUAAUUCCAGAGCCAUCCACCAGCCCAUCGCGAACCUCCCACCUCCAUCCACGCCACAACUCUCACCGAAAACCUCCCACGAAAGAAACAUAAUGUCCCGCGAAGCCUACCAAGUCCCCUCCAACCUCGGCGGCUCCCAGAGCGCCUUCGGCGGCGCUGACUCCGGGGCGGGCGGCGCGGCGGGCUCCCUCGAUGGGCCCAUGGUCGCCUACCUGUGCGGCGAGUGCAACUCGCGGGUGUCGCUGAAGCGCGGCGACCAGAUCCGGUGCAAGGAGUGCGGACACCGUGUUUUGUAUAAGGAGCGGACGAAGAGAAUGGUGCAGUUUGAGGCGCGGUGA